AUGGAACAAUUGGAUAAUUCUUGUAAUACAUGUGAUCGAAGUGGUCCCCAUUUGUGGUUCUGUCUUCGAGAAGGUUGUCUCUAUGUUGGAUGUGGGUCAGGAAAAGAUGAUCAUAGUGGAGAUCACGAAAAAGAAAAAGCUCAUCCAUUACAAAUGAAUAUAACAACUCGACGCAUUUGGUGUUAUUCGUGUAAUGAAGAAGUAUUUAUUCAACAAAAUGAUCCGCCAUUUGAUUUACCAUUUUUAAUUGAACAGUUAGUCUCAUCAUUACACGAAGUAACAGAAUCUCAACAAUCUCAUCAAACGUUCAAUAAUAGUGUAAAUAUUCAAUCAUCUGUCCACAAUGUUAUUAAUAUUGUUGAACCAUCACCAUCAAAUCAACAAGUAUUUUAUUCAUUAAAUAAAUCUUCAUCAUCUUUAAAUGAAACAGAUGAAACAUUUUAUCGUUUUGAGCCAACAUUAUUUAUAGCAAAAGCUCUAGAAUCAAAUGAAUGGGAUGCACAAACAAGAGGAGUAUUAGGUUUAUUUAAUUUGGGCAAUACAUGUUAUAUGAAUGCAGCAUUGCAAGCCUUAUCAAACUGUAUUCCAUUGACAAGCUAUUUUCUCGACUGUUCAAAUUUUAUUCAAUAUCAACAUUUAAAAACUACUAGUAGUAAAUUAUCAAAAUAUUAUUUAAAAUUUUGUCGAGAAAUGUGGUCAAGAAAAGUUAUUAAUGAUAGAUAUUCAGCAAUUAAUCCCUCAUCAAUUUCAGCUGAAAUUCGCUAUGUUAAUCCAUCAUUUCGAUCUUAUACACAACAAGAUGCUCAAGAAUUUUUACGUUGUUUUAUGGAUCAAUUACAUGAAGAAAUGCGUCACAAUAUUGCCAAUAUAUCAGUUAAUGAUGCUGAGACGUUACAAUAUCAACAACGAUCACAAAUGAAUAAUAAUGAAAAUAUUUGUGAUACCAGUAGUAGUUGUACAACAGAUAGUCAUAAUGAACAAAUUCAAACAAAAUUACAAUCGCAUUUAGUCAGUUCGUCAAAAGAUGAAAGUACAACUGAAUAUGAAACAUGUGAUUCUCUUCGAUCUUCAUCGAAUGAUAGUCUUGAUGAACCAUCUUCACCAAUUCAAUCACUUCUACCUACUCCAUCCUCUUACUCAUUAAAUGAAAUUACAAAACAAACAAACACAUUAUCUUCAUCUCCCUAUUCUAAAGUCACUUCUCAUCGUUCUUCUUGUCGUACUGCUCAAACAAACUUAUCAUUAAGUCGAACAGAUUCUGGUGUAUCAUUGAAUAAUACUGGAUAUAAUCAACAAAAUAAUAGCAGCAAUAAUACGAGUAUAACCGCACUGACCCAUCAAAAUCAAAAUAAUCUAUCAUUGUCUUCAUUAUCAACGUGCUCAACACUACCAUUAAUUCACAAUAUUUAUAAUAGUAAAAUAUCUUCAACAACAGUACAACAAGAAAAAGAUAUUAAUGGAAAUAGUGAUAGUUUUCCACAUUAUAUCAAAUAUGAAACAAAGCAGACUCCAAAAUAUAUUAAACCUCGUUUUCAAAGUAUUAUAUCAUCAAUAUUUGAUGGUCGUAUUCUAUCACAAAUUGAAUGUUUAACAUGUUAUCGUCGUUCAACAACUAUUGAAACAUUUCAAGAUUUAUCAUUACCUAUACCUAGUAAAGAACAGUUAGAAAAUUUUCGUUUACAAUCGACAAUCUCUUCAUCUAAUAGUCAACAAUCGUCAAGUUUAACAUCGAUAUCAUCAAAUCAAAAUGAUAAUAAUAAUAAUAAUUUAAAUGUAUCUGAUUUGAUAAAAACUCAACAGCAAACAACUCUAUGGACAUAUAAUAUUUGGGGUUCUACGCUAACACUACAAGAUUGUUUAUCAGCAUUUUUCUCAGCCGAUGAGCUAACAGGUGAUAAUAUGUACAGUUGUGAAAAAUGUGGAAAACUACGAAAUGGAAUAAAAUACUGUAAAGUACUGGAACUUCCAGAAGUAUUAUGUAUUCAUUUAAAACGUUUUCGACAUGAUUCACUAGUCUACACAAAAAUUAGUAAUUACGUCUCGUUUCCACUAGUCGAUUUGGAUGUAAAACAAUUUUUACAUAAAGAUUGUAAAAAUGAGGUGUAUAUAUAUGAUCUAUUUUCGUGUAUUGUUCAUUAUGGUCGAGCUGGUGGUGGACAUUACAUUACAUACAGUUUAAAUCCAAUCAAUAAUGAAUGGUAUAAAUUUGAUGAUAGUGAAGUAAGAAAAGUGGAUGCAACUCAAGUACAAAAUGCUGAUGCCUAUGUUCUAUUCUAUCGAAAAAAAGAAUCAAAUAUAACCGUUACAUAUGAUAAUAUUCGACAUUUACUCGACAGUGAUCAAAAUCGUCUUUUGCCAUUUUAUAUCUCAAAGAAUUGGAUAAAUCGUUUGUUUUAUUUUGCUGAGCCUGGUCCAAUAUCGAACAAUGAUUUUCUAUGUAAACAUGGUGGUGUAUUACCCAAUUAUUGGGGUGUUAUUAAAAAUUUAGUCUAUCCGGCACCAGAAACAGUAUGGGAGUAUCUGUAUCAAAAAUUUGGUGGAGGACCCGUAUGCAAUAUUUUGUAUCCAUGUCGAAAAUGUCAAUUAGAUGAAGAAAAUAUAAAACGACGACAACGAUAUGAAAAAGCAACAUUUUUAAAAUUAAAACAUGCCGAGUCGGAUUUACAUGCUGUAUAUGCACUUAGUCCAACAUGGUUUCGUGAUUGGGAAAAUUUUGUAUGUGAAAAAACUUCAGAUCCGCCUGGACCAAUAGCAAAUCAUGGAAUAUCCAUAACGAAAAAUGGUGUAAGCCGAUUACCCAAAACUGCAAAUUGUCGUCAAUUAAGCGAAAAAACUUGGAAUUUUCUUUAUGAAACGUAUGGUGGUGGACCUAUAUUACUUAUUCGAAGUCAUUCUUCUUAUUUGAACAUGGUCAUGAAUAAUAAUAGUCUUUCUACGGAUAAUACUAAUCAUGUUGAUGAUGCAUCAUCACAAGAUUCAACAGCUCCCAUUAACCCACCAGUAACACCCGUGUAG